AAUAAUAAUAAAUAAAAAUCACAUUUUUAUAGUUAAGAGAGAAAAAGAUCUUUCUUUCUUUCUUUCUUUCUAACUUUCUCUCUCUAUUAUGGAAGGUGUAUCAACAACGUUCUUGAUUUUCCUUACUCUUAGAUUCAUUUACCUCUGCAAUACCCACAUAUGAAAAAUCCCAAAAGACCAAACCUUUGAUCGAAACUAUCCAAAUCCCAUUAUCAAAAUCGAAAUUUUAUCAUUUCCCAAGAAAAAAGUUUUGAUUUUUAUUUUCAGUAUGUUAUCGGGAUCAUCGCGUUUAGACCAGUUGAAUUUGCUUUCCAUUGACGAUCUCUGGGCAAUGAAUCGUUUCCCAAAGCUCAUGUCUUUACCGGGAGUAAUAUCACCGCCGUCGCCGUCGUCUGAGUUCGAAAACGACGAGGUUUCGUCUCCGACAUCCUCCGGUGCCGUACAAGAAAGACGCAUCGUGGUUUCUAACCAGUUACCGAUACGAGCGAGAAGAAAUUCAGAAACCUCGAAAUGGUCGUUUGAACUCGAUAAAGACAGCCUCGUACUACAACUCAAAGAUGGGUUCGGUCCCCAAGUUGAAGUAAUCUACGUGGGUUGUCUCGAAGUGGAGAUCGAUGUUUCGGAGCAGGACGAGGUUUCCCAAAUUCUCCUUGAAAACUUUCGUUGCGUCCCAACUUUCUUGUCACCAGAGAUUCAUAACAAGUUUUACCAUGGAUUCUGUAAACACUAUCUAUGGCCUCUGUUUCAUUACAUGUUACCCAUUUCACCAAGCCAAGGAGCUUCGAGGUUCGACAAGUCACAAUGGCGAGCCUAUGUUUCUGCUAACAAGUCUUUUGCUGAUAAAAUCAUGGAAGUGAUAAACCCAGAUGAAGAUUUCAUUUGGGUUCAUGAUUAUCACCUCAUGAUUCUUCCUACCUUACUCAGAAAACGAUUCCACCGAGUCAAACUCGGUUUCUUCCUCCACAGCCCUUUUCCAUCUUCAGAAAUCUACAGAACUUUACCUGUUCGUAAUGAGAUUCUUCAGGCUUUGUUGAACUGUGAUCUUAUUGGGUUUCACACGUUUGAUUACGCUAGACAUUUCUUGUCAUGUUGUAGUCGGAUGUUGGGUUUGGAUUAUCAGUCUAAAAGGGGUUAUAUUGGUUUGGAAUAUUAUGGUAGAACAGUUGGGAUUAAGAUCUUACCAGUUGGUAUUCAUAUGGGUCAGCUUCAGUCUGUUUUGUCUCUUUCUGAAACUGCAGAAAAAGUCAAGGAAUUGAGAGAAGAAUAUCAUGGAAAGAUUGUUGUUUUGGGUGUAGAUGACAUGGAUUUGUUCAAAGGUAUUAGCUUGAAGUUUCUUGCUAUGGGUCAACUCUUGGAAGAGCAUCCUCACUUAAGAGGUAAAGUUGUUUUGGUUCAGAUUACUAACCCUGCUAGAAGUCAAGGUAAAGAUGUUCAAGAUGUUGAGAAUGAAACAAAUUCCAUUGCUGAAGAGAUUAACAGAAAGUAUGGUAAUGAAAAUAAUGGUUACAAGCCAAUUGUUUUCAUUAAAAGACAGGUUACUACAUUGGAAAAGUUUGCUUUUUAUGCCAUUGCUGAGUGUUGUGUUGUGAAUUGUGUUAGGGAUGGUAUGAAUUUGGUUCCAUAUAAGUACACUGUUUGUAGACAGGGGAGCUCUGUUUUGGACAAGGCAAUGGGCAUUGUUGGUGGUGUUAAUGAUAAGCCUAAGGAGAGUGCUUUGAUUGUGUCCGAAUUCAUCGGUUGUUCGCCUUCUCUUAGUGGCGCUAUUCGGGUUAAUCCUUGGAACAUUGAGGCUGUCUCGGACGCCUUGAAUUGGGCGAUUUGUAUGCCGGAAAUGGAGAAGAGAUUGAGGCAUGAGAAGCAUUACAAGUACAUUAGUUCUCAUGAUGUUGCAUUUUGGGCUAAGAGUUUUGAUCAAGACCUUGAGAGAGCUUGUAAAGAUCAUUACUCUAAGAGAUGUUGGGGAAUUGGGUUUGGUUUAGGAUUUAGAGUUGUGGCUUUGGGACCAAAUUUCAGAAAACUCUCAUUAGAACAUAUAAUGACAGCUUAUAAAAACACAACUAAUAGGUUGAUACUAUUGGACUAUGAUGGUACUAUUAAGUCACAAGCUUCAGUUAACAAAGCACCUUCUGAUAUAAUCAUCUCUGUAUUGAAUCACUUAUGUGGUGAUCCUAAAAAUGUUGUCUUUAUUGCUAGUGGAAGAGGAAGAGAAUCACUUAGUGAAUGGUUUUCACCAUGUGAGAAAUUGGGCAUUUCAGCUGAACAUGGCUACUUCACAAGGUGGAAUAGUGGUUCUUCAUGGGAAACUUGUUCUUUAGCAGUGGAUUUUGAUUGGAAAAGGAUUGGUUUACCAGUAAUGGAACUUUAUACUGAGGCAACAGAUGGGUCUUUUAUAGAACAAAAAGAAAGUGCUUUGGUUUGGCAUCAUCAAGAUGCUGACCCUUGUUUUGGCUCAUCUCAAGCUAAGGAACUUCUUGACCAUCUUGAGAGUGUUCUUGCUAAUGAGCCUGUUGUGGUCACUAGAGGUCAACAUAUUGUUGAAGUAAAGCCUCAGGGUGUGAGUAAAGGCAGAGCUGUUGAAAGCCUCAUAUCAGCAUUACAAAGCAAAGGAAAGGCACCAGAUUUUGUGCUGUGCAUAGGAGACGACCGAUCGGAUGAGGACAUGUUCGAGUCGAUUUAUCGAUCAUCAUCAUCGAACCCCGCCUCACUACCAGCCAUAGCUGAAGUGUUUGCCUGCACAGUAGGGCAGAAACCAAGCACAGCAAAAUACUAUCUUGAUGAUUCAACUGAAGUCAUUAAGCUUCUCAUUGGUCUUGCUUCUGCUUCAGCACUUGAACCAAAAAUCAAUAAUGCCUCAGAUUCAUUUGAAGUCAUUUCUUAAGAAAUAAAGAAAAGAAAAGCAAAGCAAAGCAAAAUUGGGAAGUGGCCUUUGAGUUUUAUCUCUUAAUAUCUUUUGUUAGGAGUUUAUAGAGAAUAUAUAUAUAUAUAUGUCUUUCUUUAGAGUUUAUAUUUAAAGGUGUUAUACUUCUUUGUACAGACUUUUAAUAGUUUUACAUCUUUUGUUUGGAAAGGGAAAAAAAAAACUACACAACAAAACAAAACAAAUCAACCUUAGAAAAAUUUCAGAUUUACUUAAUUCAAUUUCACAUGAAAGUUUGUGUGUUCUUUGUU